AUGACCACAACCACGAACGGGACCAAAACCCCCCUCCGCAUCGUCGUGGGCAGCGACAACGCCGGCCACGCCUACAAAACGGCCCUCAAGGACGUGCUGCACAAACACACGGGCGUGACGCAGGUGCUCGACGUGGGCGUGGUCGACGCCGACGACGCCACCGCGUACCCCCACCUCGCCGUGGACGCGUGCAAGAAGAUCAAGUCCGGCGAGGCCGACCGCGCGCUGCUCAUCUGCGGCACCGGCUUGGGCGUGGCCAUCUCGGCCAACAAGGUCGAGGGCAUCCGCGCCGUGACGGCGCAUGAUCCCUACAGCGUCGAGAGGGCCGUGCUGUCCAACAAUGCCCAGGUCUUGUGUUUCGGCCAGCGCGUCAUCGGCUUGGAGCUGGCCAAGAAGUUGGUCGACGAGUGGGUCGAGUUGAGGUUUGACGAGACCAGCGCGAGUGCUGAGAAGGUGGCGCAUAUUUCAAAGUACGAGGAGCAGUUUGGGGAGUUGUGA